UCUGCAGAGUCCAUGCAACCAGAAGGUGACUCUGGCAACUGGAAACCUCCAAAACAUUCAAAAACACCUGAUCAGUACGAACGACUCCGACAUGCCGUGGCUGGCAACUUCUUGUUCUCCAGUCUCGACGAAGAUUCCUUCAGAUUGGUGCUGGAUGCUUUGGUCGAAAAGUCCAUUCCUGCCCAGAACAUCAAAGUGAUCACUCAAGGCGACGAAGGUGAUUACUUCUACAUCAUCGAGGAAGGCGAGUUUAACAUCUACAUCAACCCCGCUGGCUCAGUUGAGGCUGGUCCCGAAGGGAUGGGCAACAAGGUCGGCACAAUUGGACCAGGAGGCAGCUUUGGUGAGUUGGCAUUGAUGUACAACGCUGCUCGUGCUGCUACAGUAGUCAGUGCUUCCAAGGGUGGACUACUGUGGGCCUUGGACCGUCUCACAUUCCGCCGGAUUCUCAUGGACAAUGCUUUCCAGAAGCGAAAGAUGUACGAAGGAUUUCUGGAGGAAGUCCCUCUGUUCUCAUCACUCAAACCCUACGAACGAUCCAAGAUCGCCGAUGCCUUGGAGACUGUCAAAUUCGAAGCAGGUCAAAAGAUCAUUGUCGAGGGCGAGCCUGGUGAUGCCUUCUACCUUUUGGAAGCCGGCCAAGCUACCGCAUACAAGGACGAGAAAGCUGUCAAAGAAUAUCACCGAGGUGAUUUCUUUGGUGAGUUGGCACUCCUGGACGACAAGCCUCGUGCUGCGACUGUGGUAGCAGCAAGCGCUGCCAAAGUUGCGAAGCUCGGAAGGGAUGGAUUCAAACGACUUCUUGGACCUGUGGAGAGUAUCAUGAGACGGGAAGAGUACGAUGCUGGAGAUCACCUGGAUCCUCUCAGCCAAUCGAAGACUGUUACGUAGGGCGUUGGAAACGAAGUCUGAUGAGUUGAACUUGGUCAAAGACGCGAGGAAUUGAUGGAUCGGUGGUUUGGUGAGCACUGAGGAGACUAUGAAUCAACGACAGGACAAGAUACCAGCAUGAAUUAGGGCUGAACUGCGCUACUUAGUUUUGAUAGUACGGGAAUGCUCAGGUUGAGUUUCAACGCGUUUGCUGUAUCAUGUCAAGUCGGCCGAAGAUUAUGGUGAAGUCUCGUAUCCUAGACUGUGCCUACCUGGCCUGUUCUUAUCAAGAAGUGCCUCAUUCUGAGCAUCUGUUGUAGCCUUUGAACAUACAUCCGCGUGCGUGCUCUUGAGAUAUGCUCAGUUACG